AUGGUGUCUCGUAUUUACGUGCGUCAACGCAGUUUCGCACCACGUCUGUUCGUUCAAGCGUUGUGCGGUGGCCUAGUUGGUCCUGUCGCGCGGCGCCUCCACGUCGACUGCAGGACGAUUCCGCGUUGUGCGCGACCAGCUUGCCAAGGGCAUCCCCGUGAAUGUGUCGAACAUGCGACCGGUAGACUCUGGGGCGCCAUGGUGGACCCACGCCGCCAUGACGUUCGUCCACUCCCAUGUCCCCAUGACCCACGCUGCUUCGUUUACAACUCCGUCGUCGACGGGAUUGUUGAGGUCCAACAUUUGUUGAGAAAUAUGUAUCUUGCCCAUCUUCCACACGCUGGCGAGCCUCCUCAACUCAGGCGACCAACUUCAGCGAGUCGACGCGGCGCUCAGAGCCAUUGAUGGGUUGAGGUGAAUGGCUUGCUGCGUGGACCCAUGUUUGGUGAUGUGUGAUGGGGUGAAGCUGUCCCAAGCCAUCCGCCUCGUGUGGGUAUCAAGGGUACAUGGAAGCAAGUCUGAUUGAGUCUUAAGUGGCGACGAUGUGGCGCACAAAGUGGGACUUGACCUCGACGAUGAUCCUGAUGGGUCUUCACAGGCUUGGCCACUCGUAUCCACUGCAAGUGGCGCAGGUGUGACCGCCAGCGUAACUGGUGCCGUGCGAGACAAGAGAUUUUGCAUGGCGUGUAAAGAACGUAGCGGAAGUGCCGGCGCCGUGCAGCGGUCCUCCACAUUGCCAGCCUUCCGCCACAUGCAUGCAUGUAGCCGUUCGCAUGGCAGGACGAAGGAAAACGGGAUGGCCUGCAUAUUUGUCGAUUGAUUUGAACCACGCACUGAAACAUUCGAUAUUCGAAGGACCACACUUGGUCGCCCUCCUUCCGUUGAAUGUGUUUACAACCAUUCG